UCUCUCUCCGUCUCUCUGCUUCUCCCUCAGUCAGCUGUUACUGCAUAUAUAUAAGCAGACGGUUGCAGAAUCUCUUCUCAGGUCUUUUUGGAAUUUUUUCUUCUUGAUGCUCUCCAUCAAAGUGUGAGCAGGUGGCUCCACUAUCUUGUAAUGGCUUCUGGAAAUACUUAUUUUGAUGACAUGCGGUGCAACCUUGAAGUUAUUGAUCCUCCGCAAAAUGUAGACUUGGUGGAAGUCGGUGAACAUGUCGACGAUACAUCUCAACCUGCAGCUAAAUCUAAUGCAGUUGCUAGUAGUGUUCGUGAAUUAUUGGAGUGUCCCGUAUGCUUAAAUGCUAUGUACCCUCCUAUCCAUCAGUGUUCAAAUGGCCACACAUUGUGCUCUGGAUGCAAGCCGAGAGUGCACAACCGGUGUCCCACUUGCAGGCAUGAGCUUGGCAAUAUAAGAUGUCUUGCCCUGGAGAAGGUGGCAGCUUCUCUUGAGCUGCCAUGCAAAUAUCAAAGUUUUGGGUGUGUGGGUAUCUAUCCUUACUACAGCAAGCUGAAACAUGAGUCCCAAUGCGUGUUCAGACCCUACAACUGUCCCUAUGCUGGUUCUGAGUGCACUGUAGUUGGUGAUAUUCCUUAUCUAGUGGCCCACCUCAAAGAUGAUCACAAAGUCGACAUGCACAAUGGCAGCACGUUCAACCAUCGUUAUGUGAAGUCAAAUCCACAUGAGGUUGAGAAUGCGACAUGGAUGUUAACGGUUUUCAGUUGCUUUGGACAGUAUUUCUGUCUGCAUUUUGAAGCCUUUCAGAUUGGAAUGGCCCCUGUCUACAUUGCAUUCCUGCGCUUCAUGGGUGAUGACAGCGAAGCUAAGAACUACAGCUACAGCCUUGAGGUGGGCGGAAAUGGACGGAAGAUGGUUUGGCAAGGGGUGCCCCGCAGCAUAAGGGACAGCCAUCGGAAGGUCAGGGACAGCUAUGAUGGUCUCAUCAUCCAGCGGAACAUGGCCCUCUUCUUCUCGGGGGGCGACAGGAAGGAGUUGAAGCUGAGGGUGACUGGGAGGAUUUGGAAAGAACAGUGAGGUCUGUGCUCUUUCCCUCCCACUCUGUUGGUUGUUCUUUUCGUGGUGUUUGUGUCUCUCCUGGUCAUGUAUUUUUGGAUUGUGGAAGGCAAACUCUCUUUGCUUGUAAUGCAUUAAUACAUGAAUGGAAAGACAUGGUUACAUAUAGAAUGUCUUGGCUAUGAUAUUAGUUCAUUCUCA